UUCCCCUCCCCUCCCCCACCACUACUGCAAAGCAUCUCGUAAAAUAACCUCUAAAAUAUACAAAAGAAACAUUUCUUUUCAUACAGACGCAUUUAAUAAAAAAUAAACAUUUCUACAUAUAAACAUGGAUUAAAAAUUCUUGUAUCAAGCCUAGUUUCAAUCUGGACGACUGUGCAUCAUUGAAUUAAAACCUAAAGGUGAGGGAGUGGGAGAGGUACAAAAUGCAAGGAAAGUCAAUGCCGCAUCAGGAACAGAAGUUAGCUUAAGUGCAGGUGGAAGAGAGUUCCAUAAUUUCGGAGCAGCAAUCUAAACUUCGCCAGAUACGGACAUGCGUCGAUCCUGGACCCCAUCGGUGCCCUUGGCGGUCGCGGUCCCGGUUUCCCAGCUUAAAAUGCUCGAAUAGCUCCAGUGUCGGAACCUUUAGCUGCACCCGGUUGGGCUGAUCCUGGACGUCAUCACAAACAACACAAAGUGAGUUCUGAAGCUUUUGCAGAAGCUUUAAUUAGAUAGGCCCUAGCAGAAUUCCCACAAAUCAUUGUUUUUAAAACUAAAAUAAGCAUGGAGUGAUUCAGCAGCGGAACGUAAAUUUUAUAAGAUGAAAAUACAGUAUCCAGAUUUACAGACAAAAGAAAUAUAUAGAAGGCAAAAUGACUGUUAAACAUAUUGACGACACCCUCUAGAUACCAUAAUUAAGAAAAUUGAAUAGCGGUCCUUGUUUUAUGUUAUGAAUGCGAAUUCUUUUUAUUGAAUAUGAACGACAAUCUUAUAUCGGUCCUUUUAUAAAAUUAUGACUAGUGAGCCUUUUUCUUCAUUUCGACUACCGAAACUUAUGAGUAGCCUAGGCCCUAGCCCUUAUUUUAUGAAGAGAGCGAACCCUUUUCUUGAUUAUGAUUGGUAAUACUCUAGUAUAAGGGUAAGACUAAUGUUGUGAUACUUGAACCUUAUGAAUAUUAAUCUUAUGGCAGCGAAUUUGACUAAGUUUUUGAGCCCCUCCAAAGCAAACAAAUUUCACAUCCUGUAACCAACCGAAAAGCGAAUAUUUAAAUUAUAAACUAUAAUAAAUUAUAAGUUUGUAGUAUAUACGUUUUACCAAGGAAGGCGAUGAAGUACAUAAAUUAAAAAGGACAAUGAGAGACAAUAAACAAAUCAAGUGAGUAUCGUUAUUAUUAUGUUAUGUACCUGUUUAAUUACAGGAAGUAGGCAUAAAAGGAUUUCCAAUACAGUACUUAUUGUAACGAGUAGGGAAAAAACAGGCAUUGCUGGCAUCAAUGAGCCGCCACGGACGGUCUGGAAAAACGUUGGUAAUUACCAUAUAAUUAAAAUGUUGCGACCAGACUUAGUCUCGUCCACAUGUUUCCUACAUGCCAUUGCCCUAGCUAUUAGGAGUCCUACCAUCGUUAUAUUUAAUUAUUCAUUUUACUACAGUUUAUAUUAUUAUACAAUUUAGUGAUGUAACACAACCCAUCAGAAACUAGCUCAGUUAGGAACUUGAUAUUGUACUUAUCGGAGUGUACUAUCUAAUACUUUCUGCCAUAUAGGGAGGCCUUAAUCAGAGUGUUUCACUGAUUCCAUAAGAGAAACUCAACUCGCCACCUAUCAGGAGUAUUUUUUACCGGUACAUAGUGUUGUUUUCUGUGUGUAUUGUCAUUAUCAUUACUCAAUACAAAUUUUUGUACAACAAUCGAUUAACCAACCAGGGCAUCAAGUUUCUAAACCACCCUUCUUAGGUCAUGGAAUAAUUUCCGGACUCAAGGUUCACACUGCUUUGUAGAACGACAUCAACGACUCCCAUUUAAUUUUUGUUUCGAUAAUCGUCAAGCCGUGGAUUGUUUCUAUCACCCAAUCUCAAAGCCUAAACCUCUACUGAGUUUUCAUAAGAAUAUGAAUGAAGACAAGCUUGGGAAUGCACCAGGCGGCUAUCCUCGUGAACUUCUGAAAGACAAGUCUGAUUUGACUGAGCGCAUUAUCUGUGGAGUGUGUAAUCUAAUUCUGAGAGAUGUAGUCCAACAUGAAUGCGGGCAUCGCUUUUGCAGUCCCUGUGCCCAGAAAUUACAAAGUGACCCACAGCCUCAAUUUUGCCCAAGAUGCCCUAGAGAUAGCCAAGAAGCCUAUAUAAGGAAAAUUUAUCCUGAUUUUGCCGGACGAAAAGAGAUCCGAUUGCUGAAAGUGAAAUGCCUAAAUUCAAGCUGUCCCUUUGAAGGAAACCUUAAUGAAUACAUUACAAACCAUCAAAACAUAUGCCCCCAUGCUAAAGUACCAUGCACAGCCUGUGACAGACAGAUGAAACUUGUGGAAUUGCAGAAUCACCGUUUGCGUGAUUGUACAGAGCGUACAAUAACGUGUCGCUGGUGCAAUGCCGAGUUGGUUCACAAGACCAUGAAGCAACACAAUAGUGUUUGCCCUAAGCUGGAGAUUCUGUGUGAAAUUUGCAAGAAGUCUAAAUUACCAAGAGAAGAGAUGAAGUUACACCAAGAUCCAGAGAAUGGAGACUGCCCUCGGCGUAAAAGAUGUUGCAAAUUUCGAAUGGUUGGCUGCGAGUUCACGGCACCACAGGAGCAGAUGCCAGGGCACUUGAAGAACAAUCUACAAGAACACCUAAAUUUGAUGAUGGGAGAUUACAUCAUUGUCAAAAAACAAUUAGAAGCUGCUCAUGAAAAAUUGAAAGAUUACCAGUCUAUGGAUAUGACAGAUAGUGGAAAGGGUAAUAGUGUUGAUUCUGAUGAAAUAGUUCAGAAGGUUUUACAGGAGUUGAAAAGGAAGGAAGGUAAACUAGAAUUCCCAAAAUCAAAAGAUGAUGUAGAAGUAGAUGCUUUCAAAUCAAUUGACAUCAGUGCUGGUGGGGCUGUACAUGGUGCAAGAAGGAAAAUAAUCAAUACAAACCAAGGCAGCAUUUUAAAGGGAGGUGUUAGUAAACCAGAUACUGGAGUAGGAAGCACUAAUGAGAUUACUGAGCUGAAAUCCAUGAUAAACCAUAACAGCCAAAAAAUUAAAUCCUUGCAGCUAAAUCAAGGUGUGCUGGCAAAAAAAAGAGAGGUCUUUCGUGAUGUCCGUAAUACCGAAAUGGAUGACACUGGUCAAAAGAUAGAGAGAACCUUUCAAGAGGUUGAACAGUUGAAAAUAUCUAUACAGGAGACAGAAAAACACCAGAAAUCUGUUGAACAAACAUAUGCUUUACAAGACGUCACAUUAGCAGAUCAUUUUCUUCAUAUCCAAAGCUUGGAGAGUAAUUUUGGAAAUAUAUUUGGAAAAUUGUUGCAGAUUACAAACUUUAGUCAGAAAAGAAGGGACGCUAUCAGUGGCAGACAGACAUCACUCAAUUACUUUUUUACAAGUUGCUAUUGUUAUCGUGUUUGUUGCAGAAUUCACCUAAAUGGUGAUGGCAUUGGAAAAAAUAAGUAUUUUUCAGCAACCCUUCUUCUUCGGUCAUACGACAGUGCCCAACCAUUUCCUCACCGAGUGCGGUUUGCACUCUUUAAUCGUGACCAUGUGAGGGAUUUCAUUGGAGGUUAUACACCUAGUGGCAGCCUCACCUGUGAAACAUCACCUGCAGGUUCAAAUUUCCUGAUUGUCGCACCCGGUUGUACUCGUCUACUUCCACUUAGUCUUUUAAAAGAUUUUGUGGAUUUGGAUGAUGUACUCAUAAUUGAGGUAGUUGUUGAUUUUUGAAAUGGAGUCCAAUGCUCCAACGGUGGGUGGGAGCAGAAGCAAAAUGGACUUGGUCGUUCGUCGAUCAAAAUAUCUCGAAUGUGGUCCACAUCUCGUCAUCUUCGUCAGCCGUUUGAAUCAGGCGGUUAAGUAUACAUAUAAUUUGUGUUUCUAUAUUUUUUUUUUCUCCCCAACUAAUUUUUUUAUCUCUCCAUUGGGAGGCCCUUACACCCAGUCAACCUUUCGCCACCACUACCUUAAUCGAUGACAGACACUUAAAGACAUUUGAAUACUGUACUUAUAAAAUGGUGUUUAAAUUUACACUGAAAAGAGAACUUAACUUCAUUAGAGGGGUUGGGUUAUAUAUCACAUGAUAAGACUGUACUAUAAUAU